UGCCUUUCACAGAAUAGAAGGCCCCUGGAAUGCCCUGAAUGAUGUGACUGGGCCCUCCGCAGAAGCAAUUGGAUUGGACUGUUUUUCCCCGGCCAUCCCUAUAAGGCUCUGGCUGAGUGAGGCAGACAGAGAGAGUGCGGCCCCGGCUCCAUGUUUGGGAUGUGGGAGGGGGAAGUGCAGGAUGGGGGCUGGGAGCUACAUAAAGUCUCCCCAGGCCAGUGAGAGGGCACACCAUCCCUGAGCGGCAAACCCCGGCCAAGCACUGUCAGGUGAUUGUCUCCAGUCGGAGUAAGGAACGUAAAGCAAAGAAUUGACAAUGUGUGACGAUGAAGAGAGCACCGCCCUUGUGUGUGACAAUGGGUCCGGUCUGUGCAAGGCAGGCUUCGCCGGGGACGAUGCCCCGAGAGCAGUAUUCCCCUCCAUCGUGGGCCGUCCCAGACAUCAGGGUGUGAUGGUGGGCAUGGGACAGAAAGACAGUUAUGUGGGUGACGAGGCACAGAGCAAAAGAGGUAUUCUGACCCUGAAGUACCCCAUCGAACACGGCAUCAUCACAAACUGGGAUGACAUGGAAAAAAUCUGGCAUCACUCCUUCUACAACGAGCUCCGCGUAGCUCCUGAGGAACACCCCACCCUGCUGACAGAGGCUCCACUCAAUCCCAAAGCCAACAGGGAGAAGAUGACCCAGAUUAUGUUCGAGACCUUCAACGUUCCGGCCAUGUACGUAGCUAUCCAGGCCGUGCUGUCACUUUAUGCCUCUGGCCGCACAACAGGUAUUGUCCUUGACUCUGGUGAUGGUGUCACCCACAAUGUCCCCAUAUAUGAGGGUUAUGCCCUGCCUCACGCCAUCAUGCGCCUGGACCUGGCUGGCCGUGAUCUCACUGACUACCUCAUGAAGAUCCUGACCGAGCGGGGCUACUCAUUUGUCACCACAGCCGAGAGAGAAAUUGUUCGUGACAUCAAAGAGAAGUUGUGCUACGUGGCCCUGGACUUUGAGAAUGAGAUGGCCACCGCUGCCACCUCCUCCUCUCUGGAGAAGAGCUACGAGCUGCCCGACGGUCAGGUCAUCACCAUCGGCAACGAGAGGUUCCGCUGCCCGGAAACCCUCUUCCAGCCCUCCUUCAUCGGUAUGGAGUCUGCCGGUAUUCAUGAAACCACUUACAACAGCAUCAUGAAGUGUGACAUUGACAUUCGUAAGGACCUGUACGCCAACAACGUCCUGUCAGGAGGUACCACCAUGUACCCUGGCAUCGCAGACAGAAUGCAGAAGGAGAUCACAGCCCUGGCCCCCAGCACCAUGAAGAUCAAGAUUAUCGCCCCACCUGAGAGGAAGUACUCGGUGUGGAUCGGCGGCUCCAUCCUGGCCUCCCUCUCCACCUUUCAGCAGAUGUGGAUCAGCAAGCAGGAGUACGACGAGGCCGGCCCUUCCAUUGUGCAUCGCAAGUGCUUCUAAACAAGGCCCAGAACCACCCACCCCAGCCCACUCCGUCCCUCCUGCCCCAAACUCUGCUCUCGUUCUGUUGCCUGUAAACUGUGAAUGUGUACCCCAUUUAACCUUGUGUGUUUCUGUCUUUGCACUGCCCACCCCUGCGUGAAUGUUAUGUUAUGGGUUGGUCAUGUACCUUUGAAAGAAUAAAGCUUGAACGUGCAGCUGGUGUAAAACUUUGGGGACAUUCCUAGGGCAAUGUAUGUAUGUAUGUAUGUAUGUAUGUAUGUAUGUAUGUAUGUAUGUAUGUAUGUAUGUAUGUAUGUAUGUAUGUAUGUAUGUAUGUAUGUAUGUAUGUAUGUAUGUAUGUAGAUUCCAGCGGUGGCUAUAGAAGCAAAGGAGAAGAAGCUGAAUCUGUUCCACAGAGCUCGCAUUCUCCCUUGUGUUCACUUUGUUCAGUACAUCAUCCCUGGAUGUGGCCAAGUCUCUCGCAUGGCUCAGAUCACUGCUGAAAGCUUUAACCAUCUGACUGUUUGUAAAGAUCCAUGUGACCAUGAAUGAACACCCAAGGAAGGAAUAAAGCUCUCAUACAAGGAA